UAUAAUGUUGACAAGAGCCAAGACGACUGACGAUUUGUCGUGAAACUAUUUUGCGAAAGCAUUCUUCAAUAAAAAUUACAUAAAAUAACAAAAAUAUGAUAAAUGCCGAAUGUAAAUAAUGCUGAAAUUGUGAUCUUUUUAAAUCGCAAAGAUUAAAUCGUACAAAAAUGGCUACAGUCAAGAAUAAUGGGCCAAUAAUAGACCCAGCGUUAUGUCGCUGCUGUAGGGCUAUAAAAAAAUGUCGUAUUCUCACAGCGGAAUAUACUUGGAUGGAGCAGAAGGAAGUGUACGCCGAUAUGAUCAUGGACUGCUUUGGGAUCUUGCUAUCGCAUGUAGAUGACAAUGAGAAAGACAGUGGAGUGUGUGCAACGUGUGUGGUGCGUCUCCGAGAUGCUUGUGCCUUCAGGCAGCAGGUGCUGCAGUGCGAGGAGCUGUUCCUCAGCGCUAAACUUGAGGAUAAGGAGGAGAAGGACGCUUUGGAAGAGCCGAAGGCACACAAGCCACAAAUAGACAUUGAACUCAAGAUAGAACCGAAGGAUGACAUGAGUGAGCACUCCGGAGGAAUCGACCAUGAAGAUAACAUGUCUAUUGGCUACCCUGAGGAAUUGGAAGAACCGAAACCGCCUAAAAAAGAAGAAUCAUUGGACAAACCAGAAGUACCCGAUGAUGACUUGAAGUUAGGAGAAGAUGAUGACGAUGUUGAUGAUAGCGACUGGUCAGGGUCAUCAUCGGACUCCGAUAAACCUAUAAAGAGGAAAGCCAAGAAGAAAGGAAAGAGUAAUGGCGCACAGAAGAAGAAGAAGACUGCUGUUAAGAAGAGUAAAGCUGGUACAUCAAAAAAAUCACCGAAAGCGAUAAAGAAACCGCCGGUGGAAAAGAAAAAUAACUACGACCGAGAUCUAGAUUGUAUGUCCGAAGAAAAUUUACUGACAAUUAUACAAUACUCAUACGUAUGCCCCUUCAAGAACAGAAGAAAUAACUACUACUGCUUCUACUGCAAAGACUAUUAUCCCAAACCAGAAGAUUUAAGAGAGCAUACAGUCUCCCACGACACCAAGCCUUUUCAGCUUCUGAUGGGGUACAAAAAAAUGAUAAAAAUCGACAUCACAAGGAUAGACUGCAGACUAUGUACUACUAAAAUAGAUGAUCUCAACGUUUUUAAACAACAUAUAGAUCAAGUGCAUGGUAAAAAGAUUUACUUUGAAGCGCCCGAUAAAAUGUUACUUUAUAAGUUGACGUGGAACGAUCUAGUGUGUGUUAUGUGCAACGAUGUGUUCGAAGACUUUAAUACUUUAAAUACUCAUAUGGUGGAACAUUUUAGUAAUUAUACUUGUGAUAUAUGUGGUGUAUGCUUCUUAGAGAAACCGAGGUUAGAUGCCCAUUUGAAACGGCAUAAAGAUGAUGAACGGCACACAUGUGAAGUCUGUGGUAAAGUGUUCAAGUCAAAUCAUUACAAGGACAUGCAUGUUGAUAUAGUACAUAAGAAGAAAGCAAUAAUCCGUUGUCCUCGAUGCGAUGAAUGCUUCAUGUCAUACGCAUUAAAAAAUAAACACUUGACCGAAGCCCAUGGACAAAAGAGGACGUACCCAUGCAACCUUUGUGAUAAAGUCUACAAUAGACAAAAGACUUUGACAGAACAUCAAAGGAGGAAUCACCAAAAAGUUAUGAAGCAUCAGUGUGAAUAUUGUGAUCAGAGGUUUUAUUUGCCGUCGCGGCUGAAAGAGCAUAUGGCGACGCAUACUGGGGAGAGAAACUUCAGAUGUGAGUAUUGUGAAAAGAGUUAUCCGAGAUUAAAGUCCUUGCAGUAUCAUAUAAGAACUCAUACGAAUGAUCGUAGGUACAGGUGUCAUAUAUGCGGGCAGGCGUUUAUACAGAAUGCUAGUUUAAAAUCUCAUAUAAAGAGUCACCACCCGGAGUGUGAUAUUGAAGGAUGUUAUUUCUAAUUUUUAAUUUGAUUCUGUGGUUUGGUGGUGCUUAGAAGAGGGUAGAUGACUAAUUUUUAUUUUAAUGUCCGUCCGGUAGAUUAUUUUAAAUCAUU